AUGAAUAAGGUCAUUCUUGCUAACUUGAAGAAACGGCUCGAUUCUCGCAAAGGGCGCUGGCCAGACGAACUGCAAGGCGUUCUUUGGGCAAUUCGAACAACACCACGCCGGGCCACUAAUGAAACACCUUUCUCCCUGGUUUACGGAGUUGAUGCCGUAGUCCCAGCUGACAUAGAGGAAUUUGGUAGCUUUGAUUUACUCAUAGAUGAUAAUCUCUUCUUCGAUUUCGAUCCUUCAAUCGUCAUAGAUUCUCCACCGGCGGAGGAUUUCUUCAGAUCUGCACCGGAUUCGUGGAUCGAAGAGAUUGAGAGUAAACUGAUGAGUGAUGAGAAUCAAGAGGAGGAGGAGAGUCUUUUGGAGUUGGAUCAUGAAUCUGUUUCGGAGUUUAUAGCGGAUCUACUCAUUGAUUAUCCGAUAAACGAUUCUGGUUCCGUUGAUUUGGUGACCGAACAAGCCGCCGCCGUGAAAGAGAGUACGGAUUUGUUGGUUGAGAAAAAGUCUAGUGAUUCUGGGAGUGAGGUUCAGGAUGAUGAUUCUGGGAAAGAGAGUACGGAUCUGUUGGUUGAGAAGAAGGCUAAUGAUUCUGGGAGUGAGGUUCAGGAUGAUGAUGAAGGUGACGAUGAUGAUGCUGGGGCUAAGAAAAGAAGAAGGCGAGUAAGAAAUAGAGAUGCGGCGGUCCGGUCGAGGGAGAGGAAGAAGGAAUACGUGCAAGAUUUAGAGAAGAAGAGUAAGUAUCUUGAGAGAGAGUGCUUGAGACUGGGACGGAUGCUUGAGUGCUUCGUUGCCGAGAACCAGUCUCUUCGGUACUGUUUGCAAAAGGGUAGUGGCAAUAAUACUCCCAUGAUGACAAGGCAGGAGUCUGCUGUGCUCUUGUUGGAAUCCCUGCUGUUGGGUUCCCUGCUUUGGCUUCUGGGAGUAAACUUCAUUCGCCUAUUCCCUUAUCUGUCCCACACAAAGUGUUACCUCCUCCAGCCAGAACCAGAAAAGCUGGUUCUAAACGGGCUAGGGAGUAGUACCAACCCAUCUAAUACCGGCGUGAGUCGGAGAUGCAAGGGUUCAAGGCCUAGGAUGAAAGUCCAAAUCUUAACCCUUGUGGCGUGACAGCGCCUUUUUAACUGCUUCUUUGCGCACUUGAGUCGUAGAUGAAUGAGUGUCUUAGUUGUCUUUUGUAUUUUCGCUGUCGGAAAUUAUCUUGUCUAAUAUAUGGGAUAAAUCAACAGUCAAUGUGGGUCUUAUGGUUUGGAUGGUUUCUAUUCUAGCUCAUGAUAUCUACCUAAUAAUGUUUCUGUCUAUAAAAUCCCAAAUUUUCUUUUGA